GUGCUUUUUAAUGAUACAUAUGCUAGAAACAAAUUUGAGUCCUGACAUAAAUUGCUAAAUUAGGAUGAUCAUCAUUAACAUUUUAUUCUGUUAUCAAAACAGUCAUAGAAACCAGCGUUUUACUACUGUCAUUCCUCUCACUUAAAUGCCCAAAUGACACCAUGCCCAUCAUCAGCAAUGCCAACCAUGACUUCAGCAAUCUCUCGGUCAGUACAGAUGACAGCAGUCUCGACCUGUUUUUCACAGAGAUCCCAGAGACUGAAACCAUCAAAGGUGUACACUUUCAACGGGUGCAGCGACUACGGGACACCUCCACCCCUAGAGACGUAGACCACAGUGAACUAGCCCUCAUUAAUGUCGGAGGGGAUUGCUACACAUUUCCCUGGAGCACCCUGGAACAGUUCCCCCUCUCUCGUUUGGGACAGCUACGCAACUGCAGCAGCCCUGAUGACAUCGCCCAGCUUUGCGAUGACUACGAUGAUGUCCGGCGAGAGUUCUUCUUUGACCGCAGCUCGCUGGCCUUCCGGGUCAUCUUAAACUUCCUGGCUGCCGGUAAACUGAGGUUGAUUCGGCAGGUGUGUGCUGUGUCGCUCUCAGACGAGCUCAGUUACUGGGGCAUCAACCCCGCUCACAUGGAGCACUGCUGCAGACGUAGGAUGUUCACUUGUGUGGAGGAGGUGGCAGAGAAGAAAAGGAAGGAGGUUGAGAGGAGGCAGAAGCGUUUGGCACUGCAGAGGCCUAUAGUCCAUGAUAAGUGCUACCUCCGGAUCAUGGGCCGACUCCAAGAAAUAGUGGAUAACCCUCAAUCUGGCUGGCUUGGGAAGGCCUUUGCUUGUUUCUCGGUUGUCAUGAUUGCUGUGACAGUCAUCAGCCUGUGCAUCAGCACCAUGCCUGAUCACGAGAACAUGGGCGCGUGUUCAGAAAAGUGUCGCAACAUAUUCAUCGUGGAAACUGUGUGCGUGGCCUGGUUCUCCUUGGAGUUUCUGUUGCGCUUUCUUCAGGCUGAGAGUAAACUGCAGUUUGUUCGCAAUCCACUUAAUGUCAUAGAUGUCAUAGCCAUUCUUCCAUACUACAUGUCAUUGGUGAUUGAUACCGAGGACAAAUCGGAGAAAGCUGAGCUUCACGGUAACACUGGGACUGGUCAUGGAUAUUUAGAUAAGCUGGGUUUAAUUCUGCGUGUCAUGCGUGCUCUGCGGAUCCUUUAUGUGAUGCGACUGGCCCGACACUCACUGGGUCUUCAAACGCUUGGACUGACGAUGCAGCGGAGCAUGCGUGAGUUUGGCCUUCUACUUCUCUUCAUUUGUGUGGCUGUUGCGCUAUUCUCACCUCUCGUACAUUUGGCGGAGACAGAAUUUACAAAGAGCAAAGCCACCAGCAGCCAUUGCUUUAGCAGUAUUCCUGCCUCCUAUUGGUGGGCGAUUAUAUCCAUGACGACAGUUGGCUAUGGCGACAUGGUUCCGCACAGCAUACCUGGCCAGGUGGUGGCAUUCAGCAGCAUACUAAGUGGCAUACUAAUAAUGGCUUUUCCUGCUACAUCUAUAUUCCAUGUGUUUUCUCGUUCAUAUCACGAGCUAAAGCGCGAACAGGAGAUGAUUUGGAGAGAAGAGCGGAUGGCCAUCUUGGAUGCCAAUGCUAAAGAGGACACUCAAAGAGCGUUGGAGAGACACUCUUUUACUUGUGCCAACACCUACAGUAAUAGUGUAUGCAAGAAAGAGAAUGGCAGCACUGCAACAUGA